CAGCGACACAGACGAUACACCGGCGGCAGGGACCGGGACCGAUUCGGCUACAGGCAGAGAGACAACAAACCGGCCGCAGAGAUGAUGGAAAUAGUGUAUGUCUAUACUAAAAUACGGAGCGAGUUUGGGCGGCAGUGCAAUUUUUCAGAUCGCCCAGCAGAGCUACAUGUUGAUAUUGUCCCGGAUCCAUCAUUGGCAGAAAACUUCAUCGAGAAAAAUCCCGUUGAUGUGUUUGUACAAGUUUCAAAGGACAUGUCUGAACAUGAGGUCAAUACAGAACGUUUUAAGACAGAGUCUCGAGGGAUUAACCAUGUAGAGGGUGGCUGGCCUAAAGAUAUAAAUGCAAAUGAUCUGGAACAUACCAUUCGUUAUAGGAAGAAAGUGGAAAAGGAUGAGAAUUAUGUCUACACACUCAUGCAGCUGGGUAGUUUAAUGGAGCACUGCAUCAAACAGAAUAAUGCUAUCAAUAUUUAUGAGGAAUACUUUGAUAAUAAAGAGGAAUCCAUGGAAAGAUUCACAGAACCUUUAUCUGCAAAAACCAUAAAUGUUUUCAGUGACCCCAAUGAAAUUAAGCGGACAGCGUCUCAUCUCUCAUGGCAUCCAGAUCAAGGGCGAAAACUGGCAAUUUCUUAUUGUUGUCUGGAGUUUCAAAGAGCUGCUGACAAUAUGAGUUAUGAAUCAUACAUCUGGGACAUGGAAAAUACAAGUAAGCAUGAAAUGGUAAUAAAGCCAGUAUCUCCUCUUCUGUGUCUGGAGUACAACCCAAAAGAUUCUCACAUUCUGGCUGGAGGCUGUUACAAUGGACAAAUGGGAUACUGGGAUACACGGAAAGGAAGUCAGGCGGUUGAAAUUCCAACAAUCGAAGUUGGUCAUCGGGAUCCUGUGUACAAGAUUAUUUGGUUGCAAUCUAAGACGGGAACAGAAUGUUUUUCUGCUGCUUCUGAUGGACAGGUACUGUGGUGGGAUAUCCGGAAAUUGAGUGAACCUGUAGAGAGACUCAUUCUGGACGUUUCAAAGAAAGAUGAUCCGGAUAUUGCAUAUGGAGCUGUUUCGCUGGAGUUUGAAAGCACCAUGCCAACCAAAUUUAUGGUGGGGACAGAACAAGGUGUCGUAAUAUUAGGAAAUCGAAAAGGAAAAGUCCCUGCUGAGAAGAUUGUGUCUACCUUCAGUGGCCAUCAUGGUCCAGUCUAUGCUGUCCAGAGAAAUCCUUUUUACCCAAAGAACUUUCUAACAGUUGGGGACUGGACAGCCCGCAUUUGGUCUGAGGACCUCCGGGACUCGUGCAUUAUAUCGACUAAAUACCACAUGUCCAAUCUGACAGAUGGUUGUUGGAGCCCUGUAAGGCCAUCUGUUUUCUUCACAACUAAAAUGGAUGGCACUGUGGAUAUUUGGGACUUGUUAUUUAAACAUAGUGAACCGUCCCUCAGCGUUAAGGUGUGUGAUGAAGCUCUGUAUAGUUUGCGCAUCCAAGACAAUGGGCGAUUACUUGCCUGUGGUUCUCACCUAGGCACAACCACACUACUUGAGUUCUCAUCAGGUUUCUGUACUUACCAGAAAAAUGAAAAAGCACUUGCAAAUGCGUUGUUUGAGAGGGAGACAAAACGGGAGAAGAUUCUGGAAGCACGUCAACGUGAGUUACGUGUAAAAGAACGUGCUAAAUCUGAACAAGGAAAGGUUGUGGAAAACAAAGAAGUAGAUGAGGAGGAUACUAUUGAAUACAAAAUUGCACAAGCAGAGAACGCAUUCUUUGAAACUAUUGAGCAAGAAAGAGCAAGAUUUGAAGUGGAGUCAGAAAAAAUGGACCAACAGGAGGAUUUGGCCUGGGCGGGCAAGAAAACGGUUAAAGUUCUCCAACUUGACACCAUUUCACAUCCAUAUCGAACUUCAUCUUCAGCAGAGUGCGUUUGGGUGUGUGUGACCAAUUCUCCUAUAUGGAAGAUCCAGUGA